CUGAGCGCUGCGGCGCGUGCGCGAGCGGUGCAGCACCGGCCGCGGGAGCAGGGAGUAUUAUGGGCUGUGGGUGCCGCUGAGCAAGAUGGAGCUGUCUGCAGUGGGCGAGCGGGUCUUCGCGGCCGAAUCCAUCAUCAAACGGCGGAUCCGCAAGGGACGCAUCGAGUACCUUGUGAAAUGGAAGGGGUGGGCGAUCAAGUACAGCACUUGGGAGCCCGAGGAGAACAUCCUGGACUCGCGGCUCAUCGCAGCCUUCGAGCAGAAGGAAAGAGAACGUGAGCUGUACGGGCCUAAGAAGAGGGGACCCAAACCCAAAACUUUUCUCCUGAAGGCCCGGGCCCAGGCGGAGGCCCUCCGCAUCAGCGAUGUGCAUUUCUCUGUCAAGCCGAGCGCCAGCGCCUCCUCGCCCAAGCUGCACUCCAGCGCCGCGGUGCACCGGCUCAAGAAAGACAUCCGCCGCUGCCACCGCAUGUCUCGCCGUCCCCUGCCCCGACCCGACCCUCAGGGGGGCAGCCCAGGACUGCGCCCGCCCAUCUCCCCCUUCUCGGAGACGGUGCGCAUCAUCAACCGCAAGGUGAAGCCCCGAGAGCCCAAGCGGAACCGCAUCAUCCUGAACCUGAAGGUGAUCGACAAGGGCCCCGGCGGAGGCGGCGCAGCGCAGGGCGCCGGGGCGCUCGCCCGCCCCAAAGUCCCCUCGCGCAACCGCGUCAUCGGCAAGAGCAAGAAGUUCAGCGAGAGCAUCCUGCGCACCCAGAUCCGACACAUGAAGUUCGGCGCCUUUGCGCUCUACAAGCCCCCGCCUGCCCCGCUGUCGUCCCCGCCCACCGCCAAGGCCGACGUGGCCGCCCCGGGCCCCGGGCUGCUCCGGGCUGCAGCCGCCGCGCCCUACGACGCGCGCAGCUCCAGCUCCUCCGGCUGCCCGUCGCCCACGCCCCAGUCCUCCGACCCGGACGACGCCGCGCCGCCCAAGAUACUCCCCGAGAGCGCGAGCCCGUCGGCCUCCUCCGACUGGCGCGAGCCCGAGGUGCUCGAUCUGUCCCUCCCGCCCGAGGCCGCGACCACUGGCAAGCGGUCGCCCUCCGAUGUCACUGCUGCUGCGGGCCAGGCACCGCCCCCCGGGGCCGGGGCCGUGGAGACCACCGGUGCCUCCUCGUCUGAGCCCGAGGCUGGGGACUGGCGCCCUGAAAUGUCACCCUGCUCCAAUGUGGUCGUCACCGAUGUCACCAGCAACCUCCUGACCGUCACCAUCAAGGAAUUCUGCAACCCUGAGGAUUUCGAGAAGGUGGCCACGGGGGUGGCAGGUGUUGCCGGGGGUGGCGGCGGCAGUGGGGCGAGCAAGUGAGGGGCUUCCCCACCCCCCACGGAGGGGGGCUGUGGGAGGGCCCUCCUGCCUGAGGUCACACUCGUGCUCCCACUCAGCCCUGCCCUCAGACCCGUCUGCCUGUGCUUUGCUUGGCCCAAAUGGCUCCGUGUUGACCCAGGGAUGGGACCGGGCAGCCCUGGAUUCGGUUAGGCUCGGGGUGGGGCACAGGAACCAAGAAAUGCUUCCUGUUGUCCUGUGCCGCUGUCCCUGCCUGUGCGGAGGGCCGGGCGCGCCUGCCCUGUUCCCAUCCCUCCCUGUUUCCCCAGCUUGCUUCUCGCUCACUUGUGCAGCAUCUGAUCUCGGUGCUAUGUCAGCAGCUGUGGGGCCCCCGGAGACCCCCCCCCACCUAGGGUGGGCACAGUCCCAGAUGCCACCUGGGGUACAGGGAAGGAUGAGGCCAAGACGGGCCCCUCCCUCCACACCAGCGAGGGCGGCAGCUGCUGGACCAGAGGUCGGCAACCCUGCCUGCCUAUUUGGGGACUAGGCCCAAGCAGAUCCCCUGCGUCCUCUCCUCCCAUCCUGUCUCUUUCCAAAUCCCCGUUUGAAGGUGGAGAAGCUGGCAGACUUGGCACCCUGCCGCAGCCUCCGGCCAUCCAGGAGCCCCUUCAGGUCUCUACCAAAGGUGCUACAGGAGCCUGCUGUGCAAACUUCUGGCUGUGCAUGUGUGUCUGCUCCCUUGGGGUGCUUGUACACGGUUCCAUGUGUAUGCGGGGCGCAAGGUCCUGCAAUACACAUGGCCGCUCCUCAGAACAGGGUCACUGAAGGCCUGGCCUCCCCUCGCCUUAGCUGGGCCUCCUGUCAGAUCCGUGCAGCUUGCUGUGGAGCCGCAGACCCUCGCGGAGUGAUCAGCCUUCACUGCAGGUGUGGCAUGGUGCGGAGGGUGGUAGAGAGGGGCGGCCCAGCGCCAGCCUCCCCUUCCUCCCAGGUGUUUGGGGAGGAAGGAGAAGGUCUGGAGACCUGCCAGCAGUCUCCAGUUCCUCCUACCCCCGCCCCCUCCUUGCUUCUGACCACUGAGGCUUCCUUACAGCCUAGUCUAUUUUAAGCAGCUGGAGGCUUUGGUGCCCUGGGCAGCUUCUGUUGCCCUCUGCUGCCAGGGAGCCAGAGCAUCUAUGCCAGUGGCAGAGACCAAAGCCCAGUUACAGGCCAGGCACUGGGAGAGUAGGCAGGCCAAAGGGAAGAGACCACAGAGGGACCUGUGUUCAAGAGAGGGAGGGUGUUGGUCCCAGGAGAGGACUGGGGUGGGGGGAUCCUCUGGCCUGUCCUCAGCUACUGCCUGGGAUGCACUUGGACCUUCAGGUGGCAUGUUCCCGCACGGGCCUGGGUCAGCUUCCACUGCGUGUGGCUCUUGGUACCUCGUUCAAAAACAUGGCAAAAGGCAGGUGGAGGCGGAACCGGAAUCCAGCAGAUCAGAGAACCAGCACCUUGCUCCUUUGGGAAGGGUGCUCGUUCUCAGAUCUCCCUGCAGCAGCUGGAGUAUGGCCCCAGCCCUCCUUGCCCCAGGGUACAGAACAGGGGCCCUCACAGGGUUUGGGGGACCACAGUCCUGGUCCCACUCCACCCUUUGUGUUGGCUCUGAGACCGUCCAAGUGCCAAUUGGCUUUUCCCCCAAAUAAGGGCUGGUAUUUCUCCUCUGUCUCCAGAGGUGAUUUCCCCCUACCCCCUUCCCAGGUGAGCCACUACCUGGGCGCCAGUUACAGGUGUUUUCAGAGACCAUAGAAAUGUGUUUUCCUGAGAGUCCGUGUCAUUUGUGACUUUUUUUGUAAAGAAGUUGUGUUUUCAGAGGUGAUUUUAUGACAGGAAAGUGAAAGAAUUAGUUUUGCAAAAAAAAAAAAAAAUUUUUUUUUGAAAAAAGCAAAAAAAAAAAAAAAAAACCAACCAAAAACAGAAAAAAAAUAUUGUGGGGUUGCUAGGGGUGGGGUGGGGAGAAAGAUAUUUAAAGAGAACAUAGUACCGCAGCGAUUGCACAGGCGAGGUGGCGAUGUUAGGAUGGGGUGGAGGCCUGGGCCAGCUGGUAGGUGCCCUGGGCUUAAGGUCACUGGCCACCCUCCUUCCUUAGCCUCAGGCAGGGUGUGUCCUCCCUGCUGACUUGGGCCCAACCUUCCACUACAUUCCUUGCUCAAAGGGAAGGACAAUAUCCAGUCCGAAGGGAGCUAGCCAGAAGCGCAGAGGGGCAGGGACUUGGGGGUGGUGAGGUUCCUUGGGGACCAAGGCUCACUGUUGAUUUCUUACAGAAAAGAUCGCGGGUAGGUAAUUUGACUUCUUGCUCAUGGGUAUUUCUCUGCCAGCUUGUUGGGCUCUUUGAUGUCCACUACCACCUUCCUAUGGGGGACAACUUUUCCAGUUACCCCUGAGCCCUUGGUCACUGCCGAGUUUACCUGGCUGGGAAAGGGAUGCAGUCUUCUGCAAGAAACUGCAGGCCAUGGGAGACUCUUGGGGGGGGGCUGGGGGCUGGGGGCCUUCCCACUGGGGUUUGCUCUCUAGCUUGUGCACGUAGCCUCGAGGCAGUUGGCUCCCAGGGAGGCGUGGGAUUGCUCAGGAGCGGAACCCUUCCCUCUCCCCCGUGACUUUGACUCGUCGUGAGACCCACGACCCCUGACCUUCACACACCCCCCAGUGGAUCAGCCUCCUGCGGCCCCUCCUCCACCCUUGCUGCUUUUCAUUUUUGCCUAAUUACCAAGCUGAAGUUGCAAUCUGGUUUGCUUUAUUUUUGUAUGUGAAAUGACCCCCCAGGGCAUAGUCCUCCCAAGUUGGAUAUUGAUUGGGUUGGCAUUGGCCAUGUCCCUUACACGUACCCCUUCCACCCACAUCAGGGAACAGACGAGGCCUGGCGUCUUUUGUUUGUGAUGGAAAAUUGGGACCCGCCCCCGUCUCAUUGCCACCUCCGACCUCAGUCUGCCUCUCUGUGGAAAGGCCAUGUGGGAUAGGCAGGCCUUGGCCGAAGCAUUCUGGGGCCUUCAGUCACCCACAAUCUCGGCAAGGUCAACACAAGCCGCCGCCUUCCUUGGGUCUGGGAAGAGGCGAUGGGCAACUCCCUGGUGUCAGUGGGAGGAGGCGUGGAGUGGGAGGCAUCUCCUCAUUUCAGAGGAGGUAAAGCUGCUUCUCUGGGGUUAUGGGGCAGGAGGACAGCCCGAGCUGCCCUGGCCUCUAGUGGGAGAAAGGAGGGGACUCUGGGACCGUCAGAAGUCCUGGGAGCUCAUCCAUGACUGGGCAGCCCUGGGUGACUGCCUGGCCAGUAGACCUGCCCAAGGCUGAGAGUCAACCCCAGGGGACACUGGGUCAGUGGACUUAAGCCAGCCUUUUUCCUGGCCGUUGGAGACCCAAGAGGAUACCCCCUUCCCCCACUUUUCUGGUGUGUUUUUUUGUUGUUGUUGCACUUGCUGGAUGGUGGGACCCUUCUAAGUCAGCUCCACACUCGGGCUCCCAUGCACUAGCUCUAGGCAGCCUGUCUGGGGCUUGUUUGAUUCAAGGAAUCACUUUUUAAAAGGAAAAAGGAAGUUUAAGGGUUUUAGUUUCUUCUAUGUCUGCAUCUCUUCUCGGAUUCAGAAAGAGGGGUCAGGGAGCCCUUCUUGCUGACAGCCACCAGGAGGCGGAAGUAGAAAACUGGUUAGAUGGGGACUAAGGGCUCCCCCCAGUCUACACGGCUCUCCACACUCCAAGGAGUCAGGACUCCAGCCCAGCGGUGACCGCCAGCUGUGUGCAGAGCAUCAGCCAGGCAUCGGGGCCCGAGGGGCUAAAGCGUCCGCGUAGGAGGAGCGGAGUGUUGGGCGCUUCUGCGCCGAGGAGCGAUGCAGACUUCUUUUUGUUGGUUUUAAUUUAAGAAACACAAAGGCCUAAAGAAAUAUGUAUCUUAUAAUUUUUUUUAAUUUUUGAAAAUCUCAUUUAAUGAAUUGUGCACGAAUGGAUUCUAUAUAUAUAAAAUAUACGUAUAUAGCUCUAUAUUUGGGGAGGGGCACUGUCUCUUUUUUCACUGGCGUUUUUAAAAUGAAGUGUUCUGUUGCCUUUGUCAGUGGUUCAAGCAUCCAGUUCCCAGCUGGCUAAACUUUGCCUCCAGUGGUUAAAGGGGAGCACGGUAGAGCUGGCAGGAGGCGGACGAAGGGGUGCAGUCCUCAGUCCCCCCUGCCCCUCUAGGGGAGGAAUUUGAGGUGGAAGACAGCUUACUUUGGAUGUGGGCUCUGUUCUGCUGUUCCAGGUUUGGUGGGUUCUGGGCCAGGGGAGGGCGGGCUCGUGCUGAUUACUCUGUCUUGUACGUUUUGUUCUGCUGCUCUUCAAUAUUGUAUCGAUGCCAGGAAAGGGGAGUGAAAGCUCUUUCACCCCCAAAUAAAUUGUCACAUUCCGAA